GACAUGCGAUGGGGAGAGACGUCAGCUGAGAGCACAUUUCUCCUCCAAGCCCAGCCCCUGGGUGGAGUCCCACCCUUGCAGCACUGAGUUUCGUGCCUAUUGAAACUGGUACAGAUUUCUCGCUGCACUACUGGAAUACACGUGCUGAGGGUCGCUUCUGAGAAGUCCUGCCAGUUGUCUUGUAUUACUUUUCUCUGUGAUCUGCUUGUCGUCUCUUUGCAUCUUCAAUAAUGGUAACCAACUCUCCAAGAUGGCCAGAAAUUAAAGAUUAAUCUCCAGAACACUUCUUCAAGCAACCAGGGAGGAAAAAUCACAGGGGCAAUAUAAAAUAGUGUUCUUUAAGAAGUUUGGACAUUUUGUGUAUAUGUUGGAGGCCUCGUAAGCUAUGGGUAUCAUAGCCUUCUUGAAAUCCCAAUUCAUCUGUCACCUGCUUGUAUGUUACAUCUUUGUAAUGACUGGACUCAUCGUCAACUUCCUUCAAUUGUGCACGCUAAUUAUAUGGCUGAUCAACAAACAGCUGUAUAGGCGGAUCAACUGCAGAUUGGCUUACUGCAUUGCCAGCCAAUUGGUGUGGCUGCUGGAGUGGUGGUCAGGCACUGAAUGUACUCUUUAUACUGAUCAAAAGAAUUUCGUUAAGUAUGGAAAAGAGAAUGCCAUAGUUAUUCUCAACCAUAACUAUGAGAUUGAUUUUCUUUGUGGAUGGGACUUCUGUGAAAGGUUUGGUGUGUUGGGGAGUUCAAAAGUACUUGCAAAAAAGGAGCUGGCUUACGUUCCUCUGAUUGGUUGGAUGUGGUACUUUCUGGAAAUAGUGUUUUGCAAGCGGCAGUGGGAGGAAGAUCGCAAAAAUGUUGUCCAGAGCUUGCUUAACCUCCGAGAUUACCCAGAAAUAUUUUGGUUUCUGAUUCAUUGUGAAGGAACACGCUUUACAGAGAAAAAACAUCAGAUUAGCAUGCAGGUGGCAGAAGCCAAAGGUUUGCCCAAGCUAAAGUACCAUCUCCUCCCUCGAACAAAAGGCUUUGCACUCACCGUUCAAUGUCUGAGGGGUGUAGUCCCAGUUGUGUAUGAUGCUACACUCAAUUUCAGAAAUGGUGAAAAUCCAACCUUACUGGGAACUUUACAUGGAAAAAAGUACCAUGCAGAUCUUUAUGUUCGACGGAUCCCAAUGGAAGAGAUUCCUGAAGAUGAAAAGGAAUGUGCUAACUGGCUCCAUAAACUAUACCAAGAAAAGGAUCUUCUGCAGGAGGAAUACUACAAAAAUGGCACCUACCCUGGCACUCCCAUUGUGCCACCAAAACGACCAUGGGUCCUUGUAAACUGGCUGUUCUGGUCUGCGCUGCUGCUGUUUCCUUUAUUUAAGCUAGUUGCUAACAUGAUCGUCAGUGGAUCUUCCCUGAUUCUAAUUACAUUUUCGUUAAUCAUCAUUGUGGCCUCCGUUGGUAUGCGAUGGAUGAUUGGAGUGACAGAAAUAGAAAAGGGUUCCAGCUACGGUAACAAUGAAUCAAAGCGAAAAAAUUAAUUUCCAUGAAGAAUGGUAGUACUUCGAAUGGAGCUAAAAUAUAUAUUUUUGAAGAGAACUUGCGGUAGAUGCUUGGGUCGGAGGAUGAUGCAUCUAAAUUACUGUGAUUCUUUCGUGUGCAGAUCACUGGGUAGAGUGGUAUCUUAAUCUGUGUAAAAGGAUAGAAUGGAUUUCAUGUCCUUUAUGACGUAGGUGGUGCAUGAAACCAUUCACACAGUAAUGAGACAUGGUGAAAUUGGAUGUUAGAGAAUGCCACACUAAUAGUGCCACUAAAAGAUCUGACAUAUUGAGGCUUUCAAUAUUAUGACAUUUCAAUCUAAAUGGAAAUUACCUAUUUUCAAAAAAAAACUGGUGUAACAGAAGAAUUCAGUCUUUUUCUAAUAUAAAACUGUGCUUCUAACUUAUUCAAAUGCAUUUGUAUUUUACUAAAUUUUGAGUCACCCUUUAGUUUUGCAGAAUGUGUCUUUUAUCACCAUAGUUGCUGAGAUAUUUGACAUACUGAUCCAUUCCAUGCAGAAAAGAGGAAGUUUCACCUGACCUAAUGCUGCAGAUUGUUUUCACGGGAUGAGUGAAAGUUCAUUGAUUUACAACAUUGGAAUCACAGAAAAUUUGUGAUGCAGAAGGAGAUAAUUUUUCCCGUCAUGUUUGUGUAGGUCAAGAAGGAGCUACCUAGUCUAAUCCCGCUUCCAACACUGGGUCCAUAACCCUGCAGGUAACAACUCUUCAAGCACACACCCAAGUACUGUUUAAAUGAAGUGAUGGUCUCUGCCUCUGCCACAUUUCCAACCAGUGAAUUCCAGGCCCCUACCACUCUCAGCUCUCCUCUAAAUUCUUCCACCAAUUACAUUAAAUCUCUGUAGUAGAGUGCAGACCAAAGUUGUCAAAGUGACAAAUACUAUACCAAAUGGCACUUGGAGAUGAACAAAAAAAAUGAAACAAAAUACAGGUUGAGCCAUAUUUGUGGGAGCGAACAAAAAAAAGUUAGCUGAAGCUGUUUAAAUCCAGGCGGCUAUAUCAUAGGUGGAAGAUUAUGUGCUACUGGAGGCUGAAAGCAGUCAGGUCAGAUUGGAAGUGGCACAGACAAUUAAAGUGACAAGGUCCUGUGGAGCUUGUUACCCAGAAGACUAUUAUCUGGCUGUUUUGUCCUUUAUGACUAUGUUGUUGACUUGGAUCUCUUCCUCCUCCUCUCCUAGUGCUCUGAAACUGAUUUACCUUCAAGUAGCUGUUUCCGCUCCACAUUUGCUAUAUAAUUUCUUAGUUGAGUAAAAUUUACCUUCCUUUCUCCACUCCCCCCACCACACCAGCCCUGAUUUAGAACCUAUUUUAUUUCAUUUUCCUUUAACUAUGUUAAAUCUAAGUAAUUCAGAUCACUAUGACGUGUUCUCUCAUUGAUGAUCCUUCCACCUGCGCAUCCUUGUUCCCCAAAACUAAAUCCAGAAUUGCAACCUCUCCCUUUUUUUUAGUUCAAACCAUAUGGCCUUAUUUGAUGUUCAUUCUACCAUUUUGUGCCUUAUCAUCGUUCUGUUUCUUUAACAGAUAUUGAUACCUCCCCUCCCCCCAUCUCAUCUGGAAACCUUGUAACCAGAAACAUUAAAGCUGCCACUCCUGUGCCUCUCUAAGCCAUAGGUUUCAGUAAUAACUAAUAUACACUUUCACAUGUCUACCAAUGCCUUCAGCCCAUCUAUACUAUUUAGUAAACUCCUUGCAUUUUGGUACAUGCUAUUUAAGACAGACUCCUUUUUGUAUUGUCCUUUUCUAAGCUCUGCCUUCCAUACUCUCAUUACUUUUCAGCUUUUCUCCGUUCAAAAUUUAUACUCAGCUCUCCAUUUCUGUACCAUGUACACCUUCCUACCUUCCUAGAAUUGGUGCCAGAAGUUAAGAGCCCACCAUUUCUGGAGUUGUGCCAUUCAUCUGCACUGCCCUCCCAUUUCUAUGCUAAUUUGUGCACUUGAAUUCUUGCCCCACAGAAUUUUGUUUUGAGUGUAAUCAGAGCUGAGGUGAAGCACUACACCAUGACACAGCAAGGCAACCAAGCAUUGUGCCCUAAAUUGCCUGGUCUAGUACUAAUAGAAUUGAAGCGGGAUGCUUAUCUGUCAUCAAAGCCAGAGUAUGGUAUGGCCCAGGAAGGGAGAGAUGAGAUUUCUGAAUGGUAAAAUAUUAGUAAAGUCCAUUCUAGAAGACCUCAUCAAUCCAGAGUACAAACCUCCUUGCAUUUUCGAUUGUUAAUGUAAGAAUGUGAAGGAAAAGCUAUUUAAUUUCUAACCUCAGCAAUAAGAAAAACUUAUGCAGAAGGAUCCCUAGACUGCACUUAAAUGUCUGAGUGUAAAUUCUUUCUCAGUCUUGAGAGGAAAAUACAUCCCAUUAUUUAUUGGGUGAUAAGUGUUAUGAUCAGUACAAUAACUAGUCAAGGAAAAAUGAAUUAAAUUGCUGUGAUUUCUUUACUAUCAGGUGAUUUUCUCUAUUGUUGCUGACCCAGUUUCUGAUGAUUUGAACAGAGUGAAAGCUGUAUCAAUCUAUUUUGGCUACUUGCUUUUUAUUUCUUUUGAUGAAAAUGAAACCAUUUCCUUGCUCUACUCUAGGCUUGCUAUGGACCUUUUCACUAACCUUUGCAAUAUCCAGUGAGUGGCUAACAGUGUGAGAGAGCAUUCAGUCUCCAAAUGAGACUCCUUCCCUUGUUAAUGAGUCAUUCAUCAAUCUCUAGUGAUUGUAUGAAACUAGGGAAGGGCAUGUUCCAGUCCAAUUCUUGUGGCUUUUGUAGAUGUCAUUGAAUUUUAUUUCUGUUCUUUCAUCCCUUUUAUUUCUGCCUUUCUCCACCAACAACCUUUGAUAACAUUGGGGAAUUGCUCCAGUUGUUUGAACCAAAUGUUAUGCACUCUCCUGUAUUAUUAUUCUGCUUCCUCUUGAACUUCUAUUUUUUCAAAUGGAUCCAUCUACUGGAUUAGGCAAGAAUUAAAUGCCUUGUAAUUCAAGAGCAGUGUUUAAGAUUUGGAAUGGCAAUAAUAUAAUUACAGUAAUUAACCCAUUAAAUUGCCAUUGUGCAGGUAUUUCUGCCUUCUAAAAAAUCUUUAUCCACUCUUAUCAUUACACUGGGUACUCUUUACCUGCUGGGGAACAGAAUGGAAGAAGUUGCACACCACAACAAGUCUGUUAGAGGUGUAUUUGCUUACUGCACUGGUGAGGCUGAUGAUUCUCAACAGUAGCUGGGGGCUUUGGUUAUUCAAUGAAAAUUGUCAUCAAAUGCUUAUGCUGGCAUUGAGGUUAUUGUUGGUACCUAGCACAGAGCAAGUUGCAUUCUUGCAGGAGGGGGAAAAAAAGUAGCAUUUGUAUGUCACCUAAUAAGGUUUCAAAGCGUAGUACAACCACAAGUUUACUUUCAUUGUGCUUGCUGUCAUAGUGAUUACAGCAGCCAAUGCAUGUGAAAGAGUCUACAAAUAUCAAGAUAGGGAUUGAUCAAACCAGUUGAUAAUGAUGGUGGUACAACAUUUCACAUCAUGAUUCUAGGCACUCCAGUGUGUUUUGUGCACACUCAAAGUCCUGCCAUUUGCUGACUAUGUCUAGAAUUUUUAGAUUUAAAGAGCAUUAAAUUAAGCAGUGUUUACUACUGUAGACUGGUUGAGUAAGGAAAGAUAUUGUAGUUGUCAGUAUGGAUGACAAAUCUGAUUAUUCACCAUCUGGGAAAGGAACUUAAUGAUUUCUACAAGCUGCAUGGAUUAAAAUGGCAAUCCAGAAUUUGCUCUUUGAUUUGGUCUUCUCCACAAGUUAUUUUAACAAAUCAGUAAAUUUCUGAUAUUCUUGAACUGUUUGGUCUGUAAAACUGCUCUGAAAGUCUUGUUUUGUUGCUUGAGGUGCAAGUAAGUGAGCUAGUAAUAGUGUAUAAGCCAUAAUUACUGGUCAGAAACUAUUCUGGCCCUAAAAAAUGUGGAUUAUUAUUGCCCUAGUCAAAUUCCAAGGUACAAAAGAUUUUAAAAUUAACUUUUUUAAAGUUUGUGCUACAUAAGCCUCUGUCAUGCCAGAAUGAAUUUUUCACUAUUAGCUAUUUAAAAAUUGUGCUAGUAAUGAGUAGUGCAUCCAUAUAUAAAAUGUUGCUCAUUAAUCCAAGUUUUCAAGCAAUCUUUGAGCAAGAAUCAACUUGCACUUGCAGUACUUAGUAUGACUACUUCAAUCAUUGUAAACAUUAUUUGAUCUGGCCAACAUUUACCAACAUUACUUUACCAACAUUAACUUAGCAGUAUCUCUGUUAAUGUUUAUGCUAAAAUGCUGUAGAAAGAAAUUCCUUAACACAAGGGGGUCAUAAGUUAACAAAGUUUGAGCAUUGUUCCUGCGAUUGUAGCAUUUUGAAGCUGAGAAACAAGGUUAAUAAAUUGAUAUUUGGAAUUGUGUUUUGAAAUGUCAAAAGGGCUUCAAAUUGAGCUAAGGUGGGUAGUUAAUAGCAGCAGUGGCAGAAGUACAAGGUGUAAUGGUGCCCUCUGCUGGUGGACAAUUGGCAAGUUAUUUUAACAGCCUAAGAUUUGUACUUCAAUUGUAGAGUGCCUUUUGCAAGACCAUUCAUGGUUCAACCACGAAAAUAUGGUGUAGCAAGCUUACAAAAAAAAAGUCAAUUCUUUGUACUGCUACCUAUUUUUAUACUCUUGGGUAAGUUCUAUUCAUAGCCUAACAACAUCCAUGACUUUUAUAUGCCUUUAUGAAUGACAGGAUGAUUUUGGCUUGUCAAUGAGACAAACAUACACAAUUACUCCAUCUGCCUCAUUUCCUCUAUUUGUGGUAGCAGUGACACUAAAACCACUUGUGUAGAAUUGACCAACUCCAUCCGUCUCAGCUGAAACCUGUUUGUCCAUGAUUUUGUUACAUCUGGACUUGACUAUUUUAAUGGUGUCCUCCUUCAUUUUUUCCAUAAAUUUAUCCAAAACUCUGCAACUUGUACCACAUCCUGUUCAGUUACUGGCUUUGUGUUCAUUGGCUUCCAGUUCACAAUUCUAAUUUUCAGGGACCUUGUAAUGAUCAUAUUAGUAAAUGGCAUUUUUAAUGGGAUUCAUGGAUGAGAAUGUAGCUAUUAAACUUUGACUCCAUUGGGACAAAGGAAAAUGAUAAAGUAACUCAAAUAGUGAAGUGGUCCAUUCAGGGUAUUAUAGGGAAAAUUUAAAAUGUCUGACUGGACUGUGCUCCUAGCAUAGGAGUAAACCCUGGAGUAUGUGUAAGAGUCUAAAAAGUGAUGUUUUGAAGCAAAAAUAUUCCUAAAAGAAUUGAUGAGCUGGAGCCACAGCUUCAAACACUGCAAAGCAUCAGGGAUGGAGUUAUGUAGAUGCUGUGCAGCAGGAGGCAGUUAACCACCAACCCCCCCCUCCCCUUAGAGCAGGUACUUCUAGGGUCCAGGAGGCAGAUAGAUGGGUGACUGUCAGAGGAGAGAAAGGGAACAGGCAGACAGAGCAGAGGACCCUGGAGGCUGUUCCCCUCAAAAACAGGUAUUCCACUUUGGAUGCUGUUGAGGGGGAUGACCCUACAGGGAUCAGGUGGCAGUAGCCAGGUCUCUGGCACUAGGACUAGUACUGCUGCUCAGAAGGGAAGGGAGGAGAAGAGGAUGGCAAUAAUGAUAGUGGACUCAAUAGUCAGAGGAACAGACAGGAGGUUCUGUGGACAUGAGCGAGAAUCCCAGAGGCAGGUACAUUGGUCAAAUUCAAGAGGUUACUAGAUAAGAGGGAUAUGUGGGAGGAAAGGGUUAGAUAGCCUUAGAUGAGGUUUAAAGGUCAGUAUAACAUUGUAGGCACUGUUCUAUGUAUGUAAGAGAAAAAAGACUAGGUCAUAGGUAACAAGCAAGUGACACUUCCAGGCUGCUAUGAAAUUUAACAGCUUUCAAUGUACUGGAACUGAUUUAGCCACACACAACUCAUAUUCUGAAUGCUGCUGCUGAGAUCUCUUAAAUUAGUUGGUUUCAGGUCCUGGUAGUUGAUUGCAAUAAACUUUGCACCUAUUGGCAAUCUUAACAUGUGCAUGGGUAAACAACUUUUCUAUUCUGGACCCAUGAAGACCUCCAAGGUUCUUUAAAAUACUUUAAAAGACAAAAAAUAAAUUGCUGGAAGAACUCAGCAGGUCAAGCAGCAUCUGUGGAGGCGAAGAGAUGGUUGACAUUUCUGGUCAAAACCUGCAGUGGGAGACAAGCUCUUGCAUUGCAGAAAUUAAUUAAUGCAAAAUUAGAUUUUUUGCUAUUAUUAUUGCAAAUGUUCUAUAU